AAGCGCCUCGAGCAGUCUUGUCAUUUUGGUUUAAUCCACACACUUUGGUUAUCGCACAUCGUUUGGGGACAUUUCGUGACGGUUUAGCUUAGUUAGGAAGAAACUAAACUUUUUUUCUCUCUCUCUCGUGUACUGGCAAUUCUUUAAAGGCAAUUACUGCGUCGAAAAUGGACCAAAAGGUGCACUGGUCUGCAAAUCUGGACGCAGUGGCGAAAAUAGCCACUGUGCUCACAUUCAUGGAAUCUGGACUCAUCUCCUGCGCUUUCUUGUACAUUUUAGGGCGUAAAACAGAUAAACAAACAUCAUGGGCGAGGCGCCGUUAAGAGAAGAUGGUACAGUGACACGAUCGGCGGAGUAUGUGGGCUCAUUUCCUGUGGAUGACCGCUGUUUGGAUGACCAGAUAGAGCAACUGCACACACAGCUGAAAUCCCUCAAAGCAUGUAAGAGAAGGAGAGCUGUAUGCUUGAAGUUCUCAAUUAAAGGAGUGAAGAUGUACAAUGAGGAUGAGACGACCCUCCUGAUGGCUCACGCUCUGCGCAGAGUCUCUCUUUCCACCGCCUGCCCCACUGACGCCCAGUUUGCCUUCGUCUCCCAUAACCCAGGCAGCACCGACGCCCAGCUCUACUGCCAUGUCUUUAAAGCAAGACAUGCCAGAGCGGCCCAGUUCCUGAACCUGCUUCUGUGCCGCUGUUUCCAGUUGACUUACUUGGAAAAACACCCCGAUGAGGCUCAGGAAGAAGCUGUUGACUCAACGCUUCAACGCAACCCGUCUCUGCUGAACCACGGCUUCCCUCUCAGCGUCAGCGCUCUGGUUUCCUUUAGAAGAGCUCCAUUUCGAGGGUUAUUACUGAGCACAAAGAAAUCUAAAAAAGGUGGCGAUGACAGUCAAGAUGAAGUUUUUCCCACUUCCUCUCCCUCUCUGAUGCGCAAGAAAGUGAUCCGCGCCAAGGGGCUGCGUUCUGGUGCUUACCGCUCCUUCACUUUCACACCAGCCAAACAGAGUAUUCAUCGGGAGCACCUGAGUGUGUCACAAGGAAAGGAUCAAGACAAGAUGCCAGCAAAGAGAUCCAGGGCUCCAAGCUUGGCCGAAACAGAAGAAGCGUUGGCUCAAGCAGUGUGGUGUUGGGAUGGUAUCGCAACGUCAGUUGACAGCAGCUACUCCCUCCUCGCAGAUGAUGUUUUAGGAUCGUACCUAUUGUGCCAACAUCCUAAAAAACCUAAAUGUGGUUCUCUCGUCAUUCGCUUUCCCUCUGGCCUGACCACUCAUCUCAUAGAAAGCACUCGUAAAGGGAAAUUCUUACUGAAGAAAUGCAAGAUGGAGUUCAAUUCCAUUCCUGAGCUAAUUGAACACUACACAGACACCCAGGAUGAGCUGCCGUGUCUGCUGAGCUGUGCACGGGUGAACCACUGCUAUGAGUGGGAGGAAAAUGCCAACACACAGCAGGCUGCAGAGCUACACAAGAGCGCAAACAAAGCCAAAGUGAAAAGUACCCAGAUAAAGGAAUGGGUGUAAAUCUCAUGUCUCUGAGACAUGAGAAUCGCCAACCUCAGAGGAUACAAAAUAAGUGACACUCUAGAACUUUUUUUGCACAUUUAUCUCAUUUUAAAAUCAGUGUUGUGAGGAGGCUAUGAAACACAAUGCAUCCAUUAUCAGUGUUGGCACUUAUGUACACUGUAGUACACCAUUUAUUUUCAUGGUACUUACUUUUCAAAGAUAUAUAUAUUUACAUAAUUCAAAAUGCAUAUUUUGUGCUUGAUACUUUGAUGUUUUCAAUAAUAAGUUUAAAAAUAUUUUUAGAUGUGCUUGUCAGGCAUUUGAUUUUUAUGUAAUGCCAAUAUUUCACCAAAUUUUACCCUUUUCUCAAAUUUAUUAUAUUUUUUUAUAUAGCCUGCAUUGCUGUACAUUUCAUUUAAGACAUUGUUGGUAAUAAUACCUACAAUGGUGUGUAUUUUCUUGUUAAGGCUAAAACAUGGUCAUGUUUAUCUUAAUGAUGAUGCUUGCAAUUUAAACAGAUUUUCAGAACCAAAAGUUUCCCCAGAGAAUAGUUCACAAUUAUGUGAUUUUUGUUUUCCUGUCUUAUUGAAUUUUUAAUAAGCACUUUGAAUUUUUACUCAUCUUACAGCUGUCAUACUCUUAAUCCCUGUUAGACAAUAAAUCGUGGAUGUUUUCUUUUCGGUCCACGUCCUACCAAA